CAAAUAGGCUUAGGCUGGUCACUAUAGCAACAGCAGAUCGCACACACAUAAAAAUAAAGGGACAUAAGCACUUCUUCAACAGGGGCCCCAACCUCCCGCUGGAGAUGCUGGAGCCCCCAACCUGAUGCAACAAGUAAAGGCAGGCCAGGGGGGCUCUAGGGAGGAAGAGGCGGAGCAGGAGGGGGGAAGCAGAAAGGUCGAGAUAAUGGAGAGAGAGAGGGUGCUUAUCACAACCACAUCGGACUAAACACUUCGGUCACAUUUUUUUUUUUUUUUUUUGCUGGAACAUCCUCAAAACUUUCCAACGAAAUAGUAAGGUGGCGGGGGCCACGCCAUGGCCUCCUGGUUCGGCUGGAGCGAGCCUCACCAGCGCAUCCCCCGCAGGGACCCGGCUGACGUGGUCACCGACACGCUGAUGGUGGAGCUGAGCUGGCAAAUGAAGGAGGCGGAAAGGUUGCAGAGGGAGCGGGAGAGCGAGUACCGCCGCCUCAAGACAGGAGUGGACUACAGCUGGCUCGCUAGCGUGCCUCGCUCGUCUUACAGCAUCAGCACAGGGGAGAGGCUGGGUCUGGAGGACCUCUGCGCAAAGGUGCCGCCGUCCUGCUGUGGACUGGUCAUACUCAAGUUCCGUGACGCAAUCCGAGCCAGCGAGCCAGAAGUUCAUGAGGUAUCGGGCCUCUUCCGGUCCAUCCUCGUGGAGACUGUGGAGCAACUGAAGGAAGAGGAAGAGACCCAGCGGCUCGCCCGCCAGUGGAGCAACAAACGUGCCAAGAGCAUGUCCCUGGUGAACUUCAGAUCCCGCAUUAAGAUCAAUCCUUUCGGGAGCUCGGUUGGUCUGGUGUCAACUGAUGGCGCGCGCCUGAGCGACCUGAAGACGGUGUCGGAAGAUGUGGAAAGAGGGACAGACAGAGAGGAGAGGGUGUGGAGCAUGCCAGACUUCAGAUACAAAGGAACUAGUAGUGGGAAACUUGUGUGAUGAUAUUAUCAGACUGGGAGUUGCUAAGCUAAAAUAUACAAGACUUGAUAUUCAUGUGACUUGACUUUACCUAGUAUUAAAUGACACAAAUUUGGUGUGCUUACUUAGGAAAAAGUUGAUUUUGAAUAUUUGGAACCAAAAAACUAACUCAAAUUUUAAUUAGCAAGAUUGUUUUACGUAUAUGACUCGCUUGAAAUUUAGUGGGCAGUUGACUUGCCUGAUUUUUGCUACAGAAACAUGAGACUUGCUUGAAACUUCAUCAUUAGGACAAGUUUUACUCCAAUUUUGUAUUAAGUGUUAUCAGUAACUACCAUAAUUUUUGGUCUAUAAGCCGCCACCCACAAAAUUUGACAGGAAAACAGCAUUUGUUCAUAGAUAAGCCGCACUGGACUAUAAACUGCAGCUGUCCUGACUGUAUUAUAAGGGUGUGCCAUCUUAGGCACCCCACGAUUCGAUUCGAUUACGAUUCAGGGUGCUACGAUUCGAUUUUUGAACGGUUAUCGCGAUUAUCAUGUUUAUUCAUGUAUCAUACUGAUUAAUAAAGUAGCCAAACAAA